AUGCCUCACGCAACACCCCUCCCAGACAUCACCCAAAAACACGGUGACUGGCGGGACGACCUCUUCCAAAAUGGCUACGCAAUAAUCAAGAAUGCUGUCCCCGCCUCCCGCGCAGCAGUGUACGUGGAAUCCAUGACCAAAUGGCUAGAGAAGUUUCCUCACGGAUUCGACCGCGAUGAUCCCUCAACGUGGACCGAGGAGCAUUUGCCUGCUCAUAUGAAAGGAGGAAUGUACCACAGCUACGCUAUCUCCCACGAAAAGUUCGUCUGGGACGCUCGCCUUGAGCCUGGUGUCCUGGGCGCCUUCUCCAAGAUAUGGGGAACAGACGAGCUCCUUGUCUCCUUCGAUGGGAUCAAUAUCACUCUCCCGCUCCCUAAAUCCAAAAGGCCAAAAGGAGGCCGCUGGCCCCACCAAGACCAAUCUUCUCUAAUCCGCGGCUUUCAGUGCGCACAAGGAAUCGUAAACCUCGCUCCCAACGGCCCUGAUGACGGCGGAUUGGUCGUGCUCUCAAAGUCCCACCUGUUGAAUGAUGAAUUCUUCAAAACUCACUCAACAGACAAGAAAAAAGAAUGGGGCUCAGUACCAGAGGACUGGCACGGCUUCAACGAAGAAGAAGUAGAUUGGUUUAAUGCGCGAGGCUGUGAAGAAAUAAAAGUGUGUGCGGAAGCCGGGGAUCUGAUUGUGUGGGAUUCGAGGACGGUGCAUUUCAAUGUUUUGCCUGUGGGGGAGAACGUGAGGGCUGUUAUCUAUGCAUGCUACACACCCGCCUCACUG